AUGAUUCAAGUGGAUUCUAAGUUUGAUGGGGCAUUUCGUCUUCGAUACCAUGGAGGCUUCGAGAGUGCAUGUGUGACAUGGAAAGGAAAGAAGGCCGAGUACAUAAAAACUCUCAAAUUUCUGAAACUCAUUGAUCUUUCAAGCAACAAUUUAGUAGGCCAUAUUCCUACUGAAAUUACAAGUCUCAUAAUGCUAGUUGGAUUGAACCUUUCAAGAAAUAACCUGUCUGGAUCCCUUCCUACAAAUAUUGAACAACUAAGAUCUUUGGAUUUUCUUGAUUUUUCAAGAAACCACUUCUUUGGUGAUAUUCCUACUGGUGUUUCUCAAUUGGAUCAACUUGGAGUGUUAGAUUUGUCAUACAAUAACUUGUCGGGCAAAAUUCCGCAAAGCAAUCACAUACAAACUUUCAAUGACUCUGUCUUUAAGGGAAACCCUGGACUUUGUGGCCUUCCACUUACAAAAGUUUGUCCAGGAGAUGAAAGUGCUCAAGUGCCGAAGAUCAAUGAUAAUGUUCAUGGAAUGAAAGACCCAGAUGAGGAGGAGGACCAACUUAUCAAUAUUGGAUUUUACAUUAGUAUGGUAGUUGGGUUCGUUUUUGGAUUUUGGGGGGUAUAUGGAACUUUAGUGCUCAAUAACUCAUGGAGGAUUGCAUUUUUCAAGUCGUUGAAUAGCAUAAUGGAUUGGUUGUACAUAAAGAUAGCCAUCAGCAAAGCCCGUCUCAUAGAAGCAUUUCACAAAUUUGUAAAAUUUUAG